AUGCGGGCGUGCAAAAGCCUGAAAUCCUUCAGGUACACACCCCAUGGACCGUUUGGGUGCUUACCUGGAUUCAACGCUGCACAAGUCACCGAAGAGGCUCUUCAGCACAAGGAUACCCUCGAGUACUUCCACGUCGAGAUCGCCAAUGAGAAAUUUGCACACGAGAUUGGGAGUUUCGAGGAAUACAAUUCUACCCUCGUUAAGUAUGGCUCGUUUGCCGACUUUUCCGUGCUCAAGCAUCUUACUGUCUCUCAUGCCUAUCUUGCAGCACAUCCUCAAUUUCCGGCAACACUACAAGCCCUACACAUUGAAGAAUGUAAGUCUUCCUUUCGGGAAAUGGCCCAGAACAUCGCAACAGACUGCAAAAAGGGCCUGUAUCCGCACUUGACCGAUCUGGAUGUCUCCGCACCUGACGUCACAGCAGCGAGCAAAUUUCCCGGGCAACGAAUCCCAGACGGCCAAACCGCAGAGCAAUGUUUGCUGUCUCUCCGGGAUAUGUUCAAGGGAACAAAAGUCGCAUUCUAUAUCCGGCGGUGCAUAUACGGGUAUGAAGACGGCUAUGAAGACGAAGAAGACGAAGACGAAGAAGACGAAGAAGACGAGGACCAAGACGGAUAA